AAACUUUAGCCGGUAGUCGUGUUUAGAUGUCCGGGGUUGUGUAUCAGUUUAGUGGUUUUUACUCAGUGACUCGUAUCGGGAAAAAAUAAAUCGCCCUGACGUCGUCCUCAUGAAGCUUCGGAUACGGAUCAACAAGCAGACCAGCAGGGUGGACCUACAGGGUGAAGACCCGACCAUCCAAGAGCUCACAGACCAGAUCAGGAACUCUGUCCUCCCCACACAUGGUCUCAGUGUAGACACAAAGUUCCGUCUGUCCCUGAAUGGGUCGGAGCUGCUGUUGGACACCGGACAGACUUUGUCCUCCUGCAGCAUCGUUAGAGGAGAUCUGAUCUCUGUGAUCCUGCUGGAACCCGUCACCGCCGCGCCCUCAUCAUCCCAGCAGAACUCUUGCAGCAGCGCGUUCAGCCAGGACCGAACCCAUCAGAACUCUGCCAUGUCUUCACAGGACCAACCUACGAGUAGCUCGGCAGACUGGAACCUGGUGGAGAGUGAUGGCACAGAAGAGAAUCCUGGACCGUCGUUCCCCAGCUGGGAGCCCAUGCUGUGCAGUGAGGCGGUGGAAGGUCAGGCGCCACACUCCUUGGAGCUCCUUUACCGGGGAACUCUAAUCACGAGCCCCACCGACGCCCUUGUGGUCACUACCAACCUCCUGAUGCUGGAAACAGGCUUCAUCCCUCAGGCGUGUGAGCUGAAGCCCGGCGAGAUGCCGGCUGGUUGGCGAGCAGCAGGCGGGAUGUACAAACUGGAGUAUACGCAUCCUCUGUGCGACAGCAGCCUGGCGGUGCUGCGGGCCAUAACCAUGGGACCCAUCCUCGUCAUCAAUGCCACCCUGAAGGUGAAUGAAUCAGUGGGCCGGAUCCCCAAACUCUGCCUGAACGCAUCCAGCUAUGUGACUCAAGACUGGCCAGGAGGAAGUGCAGCUACAGCUUUCAAAGAUCUCAGCAAGCUGUCUAGAGUCUUCAAAGACAAGCUAGCAUACCCGCUGAUAUUUGCAGCCAGAGACGCCAUGGCUCUCCCGGUGGUCUUUGGUCUGGCUGCUCUGCCUCCGGAGCUUCUCCUGCGGAUUCUGCGGCUGCUGGACGUCGUGUCCUUGGUGAGGCUGUCCUCCGUCAGCCGACACCUCCGCAGCGCCACCGAUGACGACGUGCUGUGGAGACACCUGUACCGCCGAGACUUCCCAGAUCCAGAUCUCAGCAGUUCCAGAGACACCAACUGGAAAGAGUUUUACAAAAGGAUGCACAAGUUGUAUCAUCAAAGCAGACACCGGCGUACCAUCUUCCCUCCCUUAUUGCCAUUUGUAAACAAUUUCCAUGUCCCGUUCCACCCACCUGAGAACGUCAUCCCACCUGUCCCGGGUAUUAUUGGCGGGGAGUACGAUCUGAGACCAAACAUUCUUCCCCGCAUCCUCCCUCGCCCGCGCUACGACCCCAUCGGCCCGUUUGGACAACCAAACCCGGAGAGGCGUUUGAACAGCAUCAGGCGGUUGGGCACGCCAUCGGUCAACGUCCGACGUGGCUUCAUCUGAUCCCCAGCUGUACAGAUGUGUUUUCUGGGACUGGCUCAGAUAUCCUUCUGACAACAACAGACAUUAAAAAGAUCUGAAUGUUCCCUCCUUCUGAUACCUUUUCCCACAAACAAGCAGCGGCUCAUGUCAGGUCCAUCAUGUGGACCUGACAUGAGCUUGAAACAGAUUUUGUUUCAAGCUCUAAAGACAUUUUUCAACCAUCUGUUGUCAUCCAUGCCUUUUUUUUUCUAAAUUCUUAUAAAAUACUGAAAAGGAAAAGUUAAAAUCACUUUGUCUUUGGUGAAUUUUGGUGCAAUAUUAAAAA